AUGUCAAGAAGGCUGACCAUAUCUUCUCUUCUCUGUGACGACAACAACGACAGCUCAGAGCCUCGAAUCGUCCCAGAACCAGUCGUCCUUGCCCCUCAUCUUCGACGGUCCCCUCAGCGUGUCGAAGGAGACUCGACGAGAAGUUCAUCGCAGUCGACAGCGAGCUCGAGUAGUAAAAUUGGCCUGGAUGCCCUGGUUCAUGCAGCUUCAGCCGUAGCUGCUGCUGAGGAACGGUCUAGGCUGCCAGCACUGAGCCCGUCGUCUUGGUCAGCAGAGAGUCAUUAUACUCAGAGUCCCAGCUACACAUACUCUCAAGAACAUCUCCAACGACAUCAGCAGCAGCUUGAACAAAGGCACGUUCAUCGGGAACAAAUUUUAGGGUACAAUGAGCAUCACCGACCUGGACGGAAAUCUGACCCUUUGCCCGGUCCUGGUAUGCGGAACAUCCUCAGUCCUUCCGUGUCCACAUCGGAUCCUUUUCAACCUUCGUCUACUAGACCUUUAGCUCCUCGAUUUCCCCACGAGGCUGACGAGCACUUGAACAAGAAAAGGAGGUACUCCCAGGAGGACUCUAUGGUUGAUCUACAGCGAGAAAAUCAGGCGAGGGAAUAUGAGCGUCUCAGGCAGCAGGAAGAUACGGACCGAUAUCGGCGAAUGGAAGAGGAUCGGGAACGGGAACUUCAUCACAGAACAUUACAACAGGAAACAACCGACGAUAUGGAUCGUACCCGGCACAGAAUGACCGUCAAUAAUCCGCCAUCCAGAUCUUCCCUAUCCGUUAUCACUAGUCCCACCGUUGCUUCUAUUACCACCAGUCCUCUUCUUCCUUCCCGCAGAGCUGGAGCUGGUUAUGACCCCGUCCAUGAAAACGAUCAUCAUGCAAGGUACAAUGUACCACGCACUUCGUCUCAUUGGGAUCGAAUACAGAGCCCGUCGCAGUUUCCUUCUGCACAACAUGUUCAACGGUCUCGGCCACCCAUGGAAAUGAUCGAAAUGACCGAACGAGAAUCGGAGGUGCUAGUUGAGGAUGGGAGGGUCAGUACGGCGAAGCGGACAUGGAAUGGUCAUAAAGAGUUUCCUUCUCAUGCACCUUAUAAUCUCGUCUCUCAAGAAUCACAACCUCGGACUCAUGCUCAGUCCAUUCCCUCAUCUUAUCGUGAUUCGUAUCCCGCGACGCUAUCCCCCAUCAUCAGUCAGGAACGACCACAAUCACGGUCUGAUACCCCCAUUCAUCCUGUCUUUCCUCGUGAAAUACUUUCUCCUACCUCCGCGGCUAGUGGUAGAUCUCCGCACUUUCAACACGAUAUCAUACAUAGCUCGGAGAGUCCCAGUACUUUACAUGUUCAACACAUUCAACGUGAUCCGCCCCUCCCUGUGUCAUUGGCUGCACCUCAGCAUAAUGCCCGAGAGUCGCAAUCGCUCGCUCUUUCCCAUACACAUCCACAACAUCCACAACAUCCACAUAUUCCUCACCAAGUUCGGGACCUUCCGCCGCAACAUCGAGUGAUUAGUCCUGUGGGCCGGCGGUCUCCUCCUGGAAGUCAAGCUGGAAGGGCCAUUGCUGCAAAGAAGGUAGAACAUGAGCAUCAAAUGCCAAGUCUGGAAUCUGUCCUUCGUACAGGUACCCCUGCUAGUUCCUCGACCCAUCCGAUUGAAGAGGCACAAACGAAAAGAGAUAAUUCGAUGGCUCAUGUUUCAACCAAAGAGGCUGAUCUCACUGUUGUAAAGGAUCAGGAACCAGUGAAAAGCAAAGAAAGGGAGGUAAAGAAAAAGGAAAAGAAGUCAUUGCGUACGAAAGAAGUUUCCCAGUUGGGACCCGUGGCCCUCAAACUCGAGGACGGUAUCUCUCGUCCUACUCUGACUCCAUCAAGUACCUCUGCACCACGUCAGAUUGCGCCUCCACCUUCAGUAUCUCUUACCAGUCAGACCAAUCAGCAGCGGCACCAAGACGAAGAUCCCCACGAAUGGCUUUUGGAACAUUACGCCGAUGAUGAUGAUCGCCGGAAAAUUAAGCGACCCUCUAGCACAUCAGUUGCCGUAAUAACGAACUCCGACCCUGGAAGACAUUCUACCACAAGCCCUCUCACUCGCAAACCUACCAGAAGUCCUGUCAUGCCCUCUACGUCGAGCGUAAGCAAACGCGACGACGCUCAGAACGACAAGGACGGCGACGACGCUAUGAUGGCUCUUGAACAAGAGUUGGAUGCAGAACUCGCGAAAGGCGUUGUGGAUCAAAAGGGGUCAACGUAUGACAACGAUACGAUGGAUGUUGACGUGGACCUGGCUGUUGCCGAACUUGUCGACGAGACGCUCAGUAUUGACGCGAGUGCUACGGUCAUCAUUAGUGGACGACAACAUCUGACAGAUGAAGAAUCCAAACUUGGUAUACGUGACGAAGAUGGUAGCGGACGUGAGCCAGCGCACAAACCACAGCCUAAUGUCGACGAUAAGGCAAUGGAUGUCGAUGUCGAGGAUGAGUUGUUAAGCCUCCUCGAUGAUCGACCGAAUUCACGCAUGUCCGCCUUAGCUCAGAGUGUGGCACCCAGCGCUCCAGAGCCUCAAAGAACUUCAAAGCCCAUAGUUACAGCGGCUCUUAGAAUGAAACACGAAGAACCAACAUCGCGUCCUUCAUCUCCUCUUGCAGUGUCCACUGGAUCUCCUUUCAGAUCAUCUAGUACGACCGGUGCGAGGCAAUCGUCCGCGAAACCUUCAGAACAGGAUGACAGGGCAAGUAUGCCACCCCCUUCUACACCAAUAGAAAAGCCUGAGGGCGCCGUUGUGGCAGCUCAAGCCAAAAAGAAAGGAAAGCCUGGUCCCAAACCAAAAGCUAGAAACAGUGAUGGUGCGAUGGUGGGAGCUCCUCCGCCUAAACCUCGAGGGAAGCCUGGUCCAAAACCCAAACCUCGAGACGAAUUUGGCAACAUCAUCCGCACACCCUCUACUUCUGCUACUCCUGCCCCUCCCACCACAACCGUCACUCAGAGUGGCCGCGCUAGCUCCUCUUCCACUCCCGCACCUACUCUAGUCAGCAGAACCGCUUCUGGUUCCGGCGCCGCGGUAGGUUCCACAUCGGGUGCACGCUCACGUUCAACCUCCGCUCAUCCUGCGGGAUCUGUUGGACCUGAAGUGGAGGGUCAGACCAAGGAAGAAGAGAAGACCGAGGACAAGGAGGAAGAGGUAGAUGAUAAACUCUAUUGCCUUUGCAAGACGAAGUAUGACGAGGAUAAACCGAUGAUUGCUUGUGAUUCUUGCGACGAGUGGUACCAUAUGAAAUGCGUAAAAAUUCCUGAACACAUGGGAGACCUGGUGGAUCAGUUCUUCUGUCCUCCAUGUAUCGCGAAAAAUCUGUCUGCCGACCUGAAGACGACCUACAAAUUGCGAUGCUUGUUCGGGCUGAACUCCCUAGACCCUGGUUCCACAAAAGCUUGCCACAAACCUGCUCGUGCUUUCUCCAAGUAUUGCUCCGACGAAUGUGGGGUGAAGAAUCUCCGAAAGCGAAUUGAUACCUUCACGAAGAAAGGUGGGAAAAAGGAGGAUCUUUGGGACAGUGUGAAAACUGCCUCGAAACGGGAAGGUUUAGUCAGAGUUAUCUCGCCAUCUCCAGCAAUGCAGGUUGACGGUGUGGGUACUGACAUCCUGAAGCCUGUUAUAAAGGAGGUGAAGCCGACGAAAACCAAGCAAGAGCGCGAAAUAGAUCGCUUGAGUGGUCUCCUGGCAGAUAUUGAAAGAAUUAGGGAUGAGCUUCAUCGAGACAUGGACAUCAUCUUGUCGCGAGAAAAAUUAUUGCAGCUUGCCACUGAUCGCUCGGAAAAUCUUGGGCAAUGUGGCUGGGAUCAGAGAUUAUGCUUCUCAGAUGGAGAUUGGGCGGAUUACGGCGAGGGUGUGUUGGAGAGCUAUACCGAGCAGGAUGGUUCCGCUGAGGCGGAGUGGUGGUGCCCUGGCGAUCAGGAAUGCGAGCGUCAUGCUGGGUGGCAGAACCUUCGGGCCAAGGAUUUGGACAAGGAGAAGGAGAGAAAAGAAGAAGCCCUGUUCAAGUUGACCUCGAGAGAGAGGGAGAUACGCAAACGCAUCGACCGAAUUGAAGAACAAGAUACUGGGCCUCUACUAGGCAGUGCUCCGCGUCGUGCGGGUGUCCCUCCUAAGAACAACAAGCUUAGUAAUGGACACACAAUAAAAACCAAAGUCAACGGCGAUACCUCAAAAAAAGGCAAGAAGCGGAAGGCGCCUUCUUGA